GAGAACACAAGUGGAAAAUGAGAGGGAGAAGUGAUAGCUCUGAUUUAUAAUCUCUAUUCAUCUGAUUUUCUAUCAACACACACCUAUUUGAAUCUCUUUCAAUCUGGAAUUGUCUCUGUUGUUCUGUGUUCUGGAACUGGGAUCACUCAAAACACAUAAAGAUGCAAUAGUUGGGAGGGGAGGAGAGUCUGGUCCCUCAGCCUCGUGGGAGUCUACCCAAAGCUGGUGCGAUAGGAUUGGCUACCAUGGUGAUGACGGCCAUCUUGGUUUUGGAGCCUGAGAGCUUCUUCAGACACGUUGCAGCAGCGAUACUCAUCCUGACUGUGGGGCCCUCGCUGCAUGGAGUGUUUCUUUUCAUAGAGGAAUGUCUUCAUCAUGCAACUACCCGGUAGCGUGGUGGUAGGCUGGGUCAGAUGGUGACAGCCUGUGUGGGUGUGUAUACUCUCCUGGGUGUGGGGUUGGCAGCGCUGCUGUUUGGCCUGACUGAGCCACCGCCCUGGAGAGACCAGUGGAGCAUGGUGGUCUUGGCCUGUGGCCUCUACCCUCUACUCAGAACCCUGGGAGUACUGGGUCCGUCUGAAGUGGAAGUGUCAGAGAUUUGUGAGGAGAGGAAGAUGAACGUGGCUCAUGGCCUGGCUUGGUCUUUCCACCUGGGCUACCUCAACCUGGUGUUGCCUCGGUUGGAGGGUUCUAUAGCAGAAUUCCGUGCCUCACACACGGCAGGUCCGUUUGAGACCAGGGGUUCCAGAAAGCUCCUCAUCCUCCUCCCUCUCAACGCCAACAUCGCUCACAAGCUGGAAGAUGAGGACACCAACAUCCGUUUCUAUGACAACCUCCCUAACACAGAGAUCGACAGAGCAGGGGUCAGGGGGCGUGUCUACAGGCACAGUGUCUACAGCCUAUUGGACGAGAACAGACAGGCCCAUCACUGUGUGGUGGAGUAUGCCACCCCUCUGCUGACCCUGUAUAAGAUGUCUCAGGAGAGCAGUGCAGGGUUUGGGGAAAGGGACAGGAGAGAGCAGGUGCUGCUGUUCUACAGGACUCUACAGGACAUACUGGACCGCUCACUGGAGUGCAGGAACCGCUACCGACUCAUCCUGCUCAACGAUGAACAUGAGGAUGACCCUCACUUCCUGUCCAAGGCUAUUCUGAAGAACCUGGAUCAGCAGGAGAAAGAAGAGUUCUAUGUUCUCCCUGUCAACCCUCAGUCUGAGGUGGACCACCCACUCAUCCCUCCCGCCACGAUCCCCAUAGAUGACAUGCACCAAAUUGAGCCAAUGAGCAGUGUACCAUCACUCAUGAUCAGUCAUGACAUGCCGCGUACACUCAGGGAACCAGACAUCCUUUCUCCAUAUGGUGGGACAGGUCUAAGGAGAUAAACACUCACUUACAUUUUAGUAGAUGCUCUUAUCCAGAGCAAUUUACAAGAGCAAUUAGGGUUAACUGCCUUGCUCAAGGGCACAUUGACAGACGGUCAAAUCUUUGUUAGUUUACUAUGUUUGUUUGUUUACUAUAGUUAAACACGGGAUGUUCGGGUUCUCAAUGCAAAAAAAAUGAUAUUAUUAUAGAACAUAAUUAGUUUUAAGGAAACAGUAGAAAUACAAUAUAUCCUGAACUGCUUAAUUGAAUAUGAAUGCUAGGUAAUACAUGUCAAGGAAUUUAGGUUGCUACUGGUGUGUAGCUGUUUUUUUUUAGCAGGAUAUUGUUAAUUGUGUAAUAAAGUCCUAUAUUGGCUGUAACAUU